CUGAAGGUUUUCAUUUUCACGUAUUUUGCCUCAGAGUCAGAAAAGGGAGAAGCGCUGAAGAGAAAGAGAAGGAAGAGGAAAAGACCAAAGAUUGCUCAGAGCUUCCUUCAAUCCAAAGAGAGUAUGGCUGGAGAAAAUGACCGUGCGAUUGCUGAGGCUUUGGCUGCUAUGGCGCAGGCUAUGCAGGCGCAACAGAAUCCGCCGGUCGACGAGUUUAAGAAUUUGGGAAGGUUUCUGAAGAAUAACCCUCCUACAUUCAAAGGGCGCUAUGAUCCAGAUGGUGCUCAGAUUUGGCUGAGGGAAAUUGAGAAGAUUUUCCGGGUGAUGACGUGUACUGAAGCACAGAAGGUGCAGUUUGGUACGCAUAUGUUAUCUGAAGAGGCUGAAAACUGGUGGGAUAAUACUCGCCAGAGAAUUGAAGUACCAGGUGCUGAGAUGACUUGGGUAAGGUUCAAGACGGCCUUUCUGGAGAAAUAUUUUCCUGCUGAUGUGCGAUGUAAGAAGGAGAUGGAAUUUCUAGAACUGAAGCAGGGUAACAUGUCUGUUGCUGAUUACGCUUCGAAGUUUGAGGAGCUGGUGCAGUAUUGUCCUCAUUAUAAUGCUGCUGAUGCUGAGGAAUCCAAGUGUGUCAAGUUUGAGAACGGGUUGCGUCCCGAGAUCAAACAAGGUAUUGGUUACCAGGAGAUUCGUAGGUUUCCUACACUGGUUAAUAAGUGCCGGAUAUUUGAUGAAGAUAGCAAGGCUAGAACUGCUCAUUACAGGAGUCUUAACUUCUGUUGUUUGUCGAGGUUGUCAUCUGACGAUCUUCGAGAGAGAGUUCGUGGUUGA